UGAUGACCUAAUUUUAAAAACAGAAUUCCUUAUCACGACAUCGCUGCUUUUUGUAUCGUUCCUUUCCAGCACUGGUUGAUGCAGCCCUGUUUAAUCGUCACUGCUUUUCAGAGAUGUGGCAGCACUAGGAGAGUAGCCAUUUUUCUUUCUUUUUCCCCAGACUUACGACCGCGUGGACGUCGAUAUAUUAAAAGGGAUAUUUACGCAGCAAAAUGACGAACUCUAAAGGUUACCGCCGAGGCACCCGGGACAUGUUCUCUCGUCCCUUUCGCAAGCAUGGUGUUAUUCCCUUGUCCACGUACAUGCGCGUUUUUAAGAUAGGAGACAUCGUCGACAUUAAAGGACAUGGUGCCGUUCAAAAGGGCCUUCCUUACAAGGCUUAUCAUGGCAAGACUGGUCGUAUCUUCAAUGUGACUCAACACGCUGUUGGAGUUAUUGUAAACAAACGGGUGCGCGGAAAGAUCCUAGCUAAGCGUGUUAACGUGCGCAUUGAGCACAUCCACCACUCCAAGUGCCGGGAGGACUUUCUUCGUCGUGUCAAGGAGAACGAGCGCUUGUUAAAGGAAGCUAAGGAGAAGGGCCAGUGGGUUACUUUGAAGCGGCAGCCGGAGCAACCAAAAAAGGCACAUUUCGUUAAAAAGUUGGAGGAGCCUAUCGCUCUGGCUCCGAUUCCAUACGAGUUUAUUGCCUAAGUGUUUUGAAAACGAUUUGAUAACUUUGUAACUGUGUAUAGCUCGUCUUUCAUUAUGAAAUGAAUUAAGUUUUUACACAAAAGGCA